GCACCAAUCUUCCAUUCUUUUCACCAGUGGAGAGAAACCACACCUACGCCAAAAUCAUUUUCAUCAUCAUUCUCAACUUCAACUCCACCCACUACUGUGUUUUUGGUUCUGCAUCACCGUCCAAAACUCUACCCUAAAAUAUUAUCUUAGAUCAACGUCGCUAAUAAUCAAUCAGAGAUUAAGCACGUGCAAAACGCACCGCAGACACUAUUAAUCACGUGCAACACUCGCACCAAUUCAUCCUUCAAUAAUUGAACAACCUUAACACCUCUUCUUCACUUCUUUUAUAUUCUACCAAAGUCAAGUGAAGCAAGAUCAUCAUCGCCACUGCUUCCAACUAUGGCGGAAAAUUCCACCCUCUUUUCUCCUUACAGCAUGGGCAAAUUCAACCUCUCUCACAGGGUAGUAUUGGCUCCCAUGACCAGAUGCAGAGCGUUGAAGGGGAUUCCAAACGCAGCACUUGCUGAGUAUUACGCUCAAAGAUCAACACCGGGUGGAUUUCUCAUCAGCGAAGGCACCUUGAUCUCCCCCACUGCUCCUGGGUUUCCCCAUGUGCCUGGGAUAUAUUCAGAUGAACAAGUGGAGGCAUGGAGAAAUGUAGUGGAUGCUGUGCAUGACAAAGGCAGCAUUAUCUUCUGUCAACUCUGGCAUGUUGGCCGUGCGUCUCAUCCAGUGUAUCAGCCUGGUGGGGCUCCACCCAUUUCGUCCACCUCCAAGCCCCUAUCGGCCAGGUGGAGGAUUCUCCUUCCCGAUGGGUCCUAUGGCGUUUACCCAGAGCCUCGUGCACUUAAUACUUCUGAGAUACCUGAAAUCGUGCAGCAUUAUCGCCAAGCAGCAAUUAAUGCAAUUCGAGCAGGUUUUGAUGGAAUUGAGAUUCACGGUGCACAUGGAUAUCUCAUUGAUCAAUUCUUAAAGGAUGGAAUCAAUGAUCGAACCGAUGAAUAUGGAGGAUCACUAGCAAACCGGUGCAGGUUCCUACUGCAGGUGGUUGAAGCUGUUGUUUCUGGCAUUGGGGCAGAAAGAGUUGCUGUCAGAAUUUCACCUGCAAUUGAUCACCUUGAUGCCAUUGACUCUGACCCACUUGGGCUAGGUUUAGCAGUGGUUGAGAAACUGAACAGUUUCCAGAAAGAGCUGGGCAGAAAACUCACUUAUCUUCAUGUUACUCAGCCUCGAUACACAGCUUAUGGCCAAACUGAGUCAGGUAGACCUGGCAGUGAAGAGGAAGAAGCUCAUUUGAUGCAGAACUUGAGAAAGGCUUAUGAGGGAACAUUCAUGUGCAGUGGUGGUUUUACUAGGAAGUUAGGAAUGGAAGCUGUGGCUGAAGGACAUGCUGACUUAGUAUCCUAUGGUCGUCUUUUCAUUUCCAAUCCAGACUUGGUUUUAAGGCUGAAGCUUAAUGCACCUCUAACCAGGUAUAACAGGAAGACGUUUUACACUCAGGAUCCUGUUAUAGGAUACACAGAUUAUCCUUUCAUGAGCAAAGAAAGUGAGGUGAAGGAUCCAAGGGCACGCCUUUAACUGUAAUGUUUUUGGCUUUUAUAAGAUAAUGAUAUUUUGACUAUUAAAUUUUGACAAUUUUUUCUUACAACACGAUGUGUCAUCUUUUAACUGGUUUUGAAAUAUUGAGAAUGAAAAAAAAAUUAAAAACCUUUUAAAAGAUGACAUAAAAUUGUAAAAGAAAAUUAUCAAAAAAUAUAAUAGCCGUUAGAUAAGUCAUAUUUAUUAUUGGAAUCUCUGAAUCUCAAGUGAAUGUCUUUGUUCUGAAAAUUUGGCUGACACAAUUUCUUUGGCCUGUAUGGCCAUCUAUAUUGCCUGAAAGUUGCAUCUCUGUAUUUAUUACUGAAUUACUUUGUAUAAUAUUAAAUAGGGAUUACAAUGCA